AUGGCAGCUGCUAUUAAACCUUAUCGCAUUGGCGUGGACGUUGGCGGCACCAACACCGACGCUGUGAUCCUUGACACACGGGAAACCAAGUCUGCUAAUCGCGGCGUUGUCGCCUGGCACAAGACUCCCACCACCAGUCCCAACGUGACCGAUGGGAUCGAGGCCGCCGUCCGCAGCGUCCUGGACCAGUCCAAGGCACCCCGGGACCAGGUGGCGUGUCUGACGAUCGGUACCACCCACUUCAUCAAUGCCAUCGUCGAACAUGACGCUCGCCGGCUGUCCAAGGUGGCCAUCAUCCGGCUCUCGCGGACCUUCACCAGAGAGGUCCCGCCCUUCUCUGACUUCCCGCCCGUUCUCAAGUCUAUCAUGAACGGCUACUACUGCUACGUCGACGGUGGCCUCCACAUCGAUGGCUCCCAGGAGGCUCCCAUCAACGAGGACCAGAUCGUCAGGGAAUGCGCCAUCAUCAAGGAAAAGGGGCUUGACGCCGUCGUCAUAUCGGGCGUCUUCUCCCCCAUCGAUGACCAUUUCUACCAGGAGGAUCAUGUCCGGCGCAUCGUGCGCCGGGAGCUUCCGGACGUGGACAUCGUCUGCUCCUCCGAAGUCUCCCAGAUCGGAUAUCUCGAGCGAGAAAACGCAUCUAUCCUGAACGCGUCGAUCCUCAAGUUUGCCAGACGGACCAUUCGAGGUUUCAAGAACGCCAUGAAGCGCCUGGACCUUAACUGCACCUUGUAUCUGACCCAGAAUGACGGCACUCUGAUCGAUGCACCCUCCGCCGCCCGCCUCCCCAUUCGCACUUUCUCCUCUGGACCAACUAAUUCCAUGCGAGGCGCCGCGUAUCUUGGCCUCAGCGGUCAGAGCGACGGCACGGAAGAGAAAACCGCAACCAUCGUCGUGGAUAUCGGCGGAACGACCAGCGACGUUGGCGUCCUCCUUCCAUCUGGAUUCCCACGUCAAGCUUCCGCCUACGUGACCGUUGCCGGCGUUCAGAUCAACUUUGGCAUGCCGCACCUUGAAUCUAUUGGCCUGGGUGGCGGCUCCAUCGUUCGCUCCGAGAAUGGUAAAGUGACCGUCGGCCCCGAUUCCGUCGGCCACUUCCUAAGCACGAGAGCCAAGGUUUUCGGCGGAGACGUUCUCACCGCCACAGAUAUCGCAGUGGCGGCGGGUGAGAAGAUUGGAGAUCCAAACCUCGUCCAGGAUGUCGACCAGAACACCGUUGCCGACGCCCGGGCACGCAUGAAGACUAUGCUGGAAAACGUCGUUGACCUGAUGAAAACCUCCCCCGCUCCUCUUCCUGUCCUUCUGGUCGGUGGCGGUUCCGCCAUUGCACCUACAGAACUAGACGGUGUAUCCAAGGUCAUCUGUCCGCCCUUCCACUCCGUUGCCAACGCCGUCGGAGCGGCGAUGUCAAAGGUUGGCGGCACCGUCGACAUGAUCCAGAGCAGCGAAGAGCGAACCGUCAAAGAGAUCGUGGAACAGGCAAAAGAGACAGCCAUCGAGCGGGCGGUUGCAUCCGGCGCGCUACGUGAAACGGUCUACCUGGCCGAGGUGGAUGCUCUCCCGCUGCAGUACGUCGCCAAUCAGGUGCGCGUUAUCGCAAGAGCGGUUGGCGAGUUAUCCCCAGACGGUGUGCCGCCCAGUGACAGUUUGCUUGACGAUGACGACGAAGAUGACGAGCAGAUCUACAAGGAGGCGGCCAAGAGGGAUGCUCAUCUUGAUGAACCUAAUGCCGCCGCCAUCGAUAUUGAGAAGUACAGACCAAAGGUGGUUAAAAAUCCCAAGACAGGGGUACCCGAAUGGAUAGUCUCUGAGCUCGAUGUUCAAUGGAUAGCCGACGGGUGCUAUGUGCUUGGCUGUGCCGGUGGAGGUUCGCCUUUUGGCGAAUACAUCCGAAUCAGAGAUCAGAUACGACAAGGUCACACCAUUCGAAUCAUCGACGCAUCUUCAUUGCCAAAGGAUGCUCUGAUCUACUGGGGUGGCCACAUGGGAUCUCCCGCUGUGUCUGUCGAGCGCCUGGCACAUGAAGAGACCGAGCAUGCAUUCCUGGAACUCAUGGAAUACCUUAAACACGAUUCUAUCGACGCUGUCAUGGGCUUGGAGAUUGGAGGUGCCAACGGACUUCAACCAUUGGCCCUAGGCUCUACGAAGAAUCAUGACUGCCCGGUUAUCGAUGCGGAUUGGAUGGGCCGUGCAUAUCCAACAUACUGGCAAACCACCAUGUGUGUUUAUGAAGAGAAGCAACUAGUCCCAUGCGCCAUCGCUUCAGGCGACGGCCGCUCGAUCAUCAUGACCAAGACCACCGACGACGAGAUCGUCGACAGAGCCCUCCGCGCCUCUUGCUCCGAAAUGGGCUCCCGAGUCGGCAUGGCCGCCAAACCCACAACAACCGACCGCGUCCACAAAUACAGCGUAAUCAACACCAUCUCUCUCGCUUGGCGAAUCGGGCGGUGCAUCGCGCGCGCCCACGCCAACAACACCCUCUCCACCGUCGCUGAGCAGAUGAUCGACGAAAUCGGCGGUCCUGAGACCGCCAAGGUCCUCUUCCGCGGCAAGAUCAUCGCCGUCGAGCGACGCCUGUUCAAGGGCCAUUCCUAUGGCGAAAUCACCAUCCAGCAGACACAACAGUCGGAGGAAGAGAAGUCCGGCUCCGACAACGUCCCCGCCGUCGCGGUGGGCGGGACGCUAAAGAUCCCCUUCAAGAAUGAGAAUAUCUACGCGAAGCACAUCUCUGAGACGGGCGAGGAGAAGUACAUCGCCAUGGUGCCGGAUCUGAUUUCUGUCCUGGAUACGCAGUCCGGUAAGGCGCUGGGUGUACCGGAGUUUAGGUACGGCUUGAUGGUUACCGUGCUCGGAAUUGCGUGCUCGCCCCGAUGGUCGGACACGCCUCGGGGCUUGGAGUAUGGUGGCCCGGGAGCGUUUGGAUACAAAAACAUCGAGUAUAAGCCGCUGGGAACCUAUGUUGAGCCGAAGAGUGUCGUGUUUGAGUUUGCGGAAGACUAA